AGUAGGGUAAUAUUUUGUUUGCGCGUAAAAUGCUUUUCAAAUAGGGUAGCCUAGCAACAUUUUGUCUCAAUAAUUACAUCACCUGCAGUUUUACGGACGCUCCCCUACUAGAAACAUGCAAGUGAUACACAAAGACAUGCCCUCUCUGCGAUUUAUUGAUAUAAUGCAUAUAUACAAUCCUCAGUGAAUAUAUUUUAACCUUAAUCGUUAUUUUGAGUUUUAAAAUAAACUAGCCUAAAUUUAGAAGCUAAAUGAACGGCUCCUUUCACCAAUACGAUUUGGUUCCCAACAUUCACCAAAAACAGCCGUUCGCCUUAAACAGCCACAAUCUCGAGCAUCUUAAUUGCUAUUAUAAUCUAGUUACCAACACAAUUAGAACAAGUGCUUUAACCGUGCCUUUCAUAUAUUUAACUGUCUCCAUUCUGUAAAUUAUCAGAUUGAGGGGGCGGGAUGCAGUUUAUGGGCGGAGGUUAGAAACCUCCGUUCUCGCGUAAUCCUCUCGUCGCGGUGGAAGUCCGUCGAGCCUGUAGCAUAGGAAGAUGAGCCACCUUAAUUAUAAGACCACGAUAUCUACGAAAUCAGAAGCUUUUGCAAUAUAGACACAUUUUCAUUUCUCCACGAGUCUCUGAUUAUUUAAAAAAAAAAAAAGGAAUAAAGCAACAACAUUAGGCAACGCAAAAAAUGACACUCCGCUGAGUGAGUAGCAUCAGGCGUCAACUCCUUAGUGUGGAAAUUCAACAUUGUUUACACAUUUUACAAAUUUCUGGUUGUCAGUCAAAUCAGUAUCCACUCUGUGAGUUUCGAUGUUUUACCAACGAUGAGCCGCCCGUCCGUUAUAGGACCCGGUGCCAAGACCUGCAUCAAACAGCAUCUCUCGCCCUCUACGGCGACCCAGACGUUGUUGACGAUACAACCGAACAGCAACCUAGGCUCAUCGGCUAGCCUCGUCCUUGGACAGGGUGCUGUAUCACCACAGCAUCACGAACUUAGCUCAGUUCUAGAGUGCCCUGUUUGCUUCGACUAUGUUCUUCCUCCGAUCCUGCAGUGCCAAGCUGGUCAUCUAGUCUGCAACCAAUGUCGGGAGAAGCUGAACUGCUGCCCGACGUGCAGGGGCUCUCUCACCCCAAGCAUACGGAACCUGGCAAUGGAGAAAGUGGCGUCCGCUGUUCUAUUCCCGUGCAAGUACGCCUCCACGGGCUGUAUGCUGACACUCCACCACACAGAGAAAUGUGAUCACGAGGAGCUCUGCGACUUCCGGCCCUAUGCCUGUCCCUGCCCCGGGGCCUCCUGUAAGUGGCAGGGCUCCCUGGAUGCCAUCAUGCCCCACCUGGUACACCAGCACAAAUCCAUCACCACUCUGCAGGGCGAGGACAUCGUCUUCCUGGCCACCGACAUCAACUUGCCUGGGGCAGUGGACUGGGUCAUGAUGCAGUCGUGCUUCAGCCGCCACUUUAUGCUGGUCCUGGAGAAGCAGGAAAAGUUUGAGGGCCACCAGCAGUUUUUCGCCGUGGUGCUUCUUGUAGGCACGCGUAAGCAGGCCGAGAACUUUGCCUACCGCCUGGAGCUGAAUGGCCACCGGCGGCGCCUGACAUGGGAAGCCACACCCUGCUCCAUUCAUGAAGGCGUUGGGGCGGCCAUUUUGAACAGCGAGUGUCUGGUGUUUGACACGGCUAUAGCACAGCUGUUUGCCGACAGAGGGAACCUGGGCAUCAAUGUGACCAUCUCCACCUGCUGCCAGUGAGACUUCACUCCAGAAACAUUGUUUACUGUGAGUGAGGAAGGGCGAUGAGAACACUUCACUUACUAAAAUUAAAAAAUAUGACCCUUACCAUAAACAUUUGGAUAUUAAAUGUUUGUUUGCAGGAGUGUUCGUAUAGCCUUUUUGUGUGAGAAAGGGCAUGAAUUCUAAGGUGUACAUAUUCUAUGGACCUGUAUAUACCAGAGAUAACUCUUACUAGAGUAAACUAAAUGCUGUAUAUUUUACCUGCUCUUAAGAAUAUCACAGGAAACUUCCAAAAUGUAAAAAUAUAUAUGUAAUAAUCCAAUUAUUGUCAGUGUUUUUUUUCCAUAGAAGAUUAAUAUGAUUUCUUUUCUCUGAAAAACGACUUGAAAAUUGACUAAAAUACACUUUAUAUUCUCUAUCCCCUGGCACUGUUCAUAAGAAAAGUCCAUUCCAGUUCAUGCUUUGCAACUACCCAGACGGUGGUAUUGCUCAGAUACGGUACAUGUGUUUGUUUCUACUGUAAUAUGUAUUAUGUAAUUUUGGUUUACGUUAUUUGCUUUGAUAUGAAGCAUAGUGCUGAGAUCAACAUUUCCAAGGACACCAUUUCUGGUUUAAUGGAGACAAUUGCUCCCUAACUGCUGAACACAUUAAAGGGAACUUUGUAUUG